CAUUCUAGCCACCAGUAAAGAGUGGUGUGUGGUUAGGGCUGGGUGGACCCCUGUCCAUUCUCCGAGGAGAUCGCGGGCACUAAAUAAGGAACCAUGCCUGUGUUGCUCCCUUCCACCGACCCGGGCCAGGACUCGCGCGUUGGGGCUCCAGAAUGGCGCCAGGCGGCCAAGGCCACGUCUCGCAAGGCACACCUUCUGACCGAUCGCUGUGGGCAGGAGGCGGUGACCAUGUGGCAGCCCAAGGACAGUGUACUGGACCCGAACGUGGCACACCACCUGGGCCGCGCCGCCUACAUGGAACCCUGGCGCUUUCGGGUAGAGAUGCUCAAAGGGGGCGGCACCCUGGAAAAGCCACCGCCCGGAGAAGGCGUCACCCUAUGGAAAGGGAAGAUGAAGCCCCCGGCCUGGUACGCGCGCCUACCGCUGCCUAUGCACCGCGACGCGCGUGCCCAGCAAACCGCCGAGGUGGUGCACGCGCACGCACGCGGGGCGCGCCUCACCGCCGCCCGCCUGGGCCGCGCACAGCACCAGAUCAAUGGGCAGCUGCGGCUGCUGCUGCGCCAGCGCGAGGCCACUGACCGCAGGCUCAGCGAGGUGCGCAAGGGCCUGCUCAUCAAUCAGCAGAGCGUCAAGUUGCGGGGCUACCGACCUAAGUGUGAGAAGAUCCCAGACAAGGCUGACAGCUUGCUUGUCUGGGAGAAAAAGGAACUGAAGUCCAUGAAGAGAAAAAUGGAGAAGGACAUGGAAAUAUCGGAGGACUUGCUCAAGGCUCUGGCCUCCUGCAGGGACACUCUGGACUUCUACUGUCAGGAAAGGCUGCAAGCUGUGGAACUCAUGAACCAGCCACUGGACAAAGUUCUGGAGCAGGCUGGCCGCCACUCGUGGGUAGACAUCACCCGACCCCCAACUCCUCGAACUCAGGGCUUGAAAACGCCUCCUCCUGACCCCAUUGGCACAUAUACCCCAGCGUGUGCUAAGGCCUUGUUUGAAGCCAAGCGCUUGUUGAUGGAGUCCAAAGACAUCUUAACAGAGAUGGCAAAGAAUGAGGUGGACAUUCAAAAUCAACAACAGGAGAUAAGCAACCGUGUAUGCUCCUCGCUGGCACAGAAGAUGCGUGAGACCUUGGAGUUGAAGGAAAGAAUGACCAUGACUUUGGGGCUAAUGAGGGGGACUAUCCACCGGUGCAUGAAAUUCAAUCAAGAGAUGUACGUCACGCGGGGCAUCAUCAAGGGUCCUCUGUUGAAAAGGAACCUGGAGGCGCGAGAGAAACUGAACAGACCCUUGGUUCGCAUGUAUCAGAGACACGUGGGCACCCAGCUCCCCGAGGCUACUCGCCUUGCCCAGGGUACUGACCUGCUGACCCGCCACAACUUGCACAUGGAAAAGAAUUUAAAAGAGCUCCGUACAACACACGAUAACCUCGCCUGGGGCCUCAACUGCAAAAAGAUAGGGCACGAUGUGGACUACGAUGUGGUGCGUCUGCGCCUACGCCAGCGCCACCCGCACGUGUGCUAUGAGCAAGCGCAGCGCCUGGUCAACGACUGGGACCCUCCCACACCAGCGCGCAGCCAAACCAAUACCGCCUCCAAGUGACCUCAGCUUGCCUUGGUCUUGUGGGGCUGGAGCGGAUACCCCCAGAUACAUGGCCCUCCCUCUGACUAACCUUCCCUCCAAACGCCCUCUAUCAGAACUAUAAUUAAAAUAUAUUCUCAUUAUUA